UGUUAAUUUUGUUUGCUUUUUAUAUUUGAAUUAAAAUGGCGGAAGCUGAGGAUGAUUUGGAAGUGGAGGAUGAUGGCUGCGAGGAAAUGGACCCCAAGUUCGUAGCCGCCACAAUCCAUGUAAAUAUCAUUGCACCGUCGUUGAAUUCUACACAACUUUUGAAAUUGUACGCUUACUUCAAACAAGCCAAGUCUGGUCCCUGUAACACGUCUCGGCCUAGUUGGUAUGCUAUGGAGGCCAAACAGAAAUGGGAAGCCUGGAAUAGUUUGGGAAACAUGAGCCGCGAGGAAGCCAUGAAUAACUAUGUAAUGUUGGUGGAAUCGUUCGAUCCAGAAUGGAAAUCGAUAUCGAGUGAUAUGUCUGAAAAUAGUAGCAACCAAAAUUGGAUCUCUGUCAGUACUAUGGCCACAGAUGAUACUCCCUUAGAUGAUUCCGACAAAACAGUGUACGAUUGGGUGAAAGAAGGUAACUUUGACAUGUAUAAAAAGUUUGUGAAGAACGAGGAUAUCAACAAUAUCGAUGCUGAUGGUUUGGGGCUGAUACACUGGGCUGCUGAUCGGGGAAAUCUGGAAGUGAUCAAACAUCUUAUCAGCAAUUUGAAGGCUGAUAUCGAACUGCGUGAUGAGGAUGGUCAAACGGCAAUUCACUAUGCGGCGUCUUGUGGCCAUUUCAAUGUGCUCAAGUUUCUCAUCGAUCAAGGCGCUCAAAAGUCUGUAGAAGAUAAUGAUGGCGUCAAACCCAUAGACAUUGCCACUGAUGACAAAAUCAGAAGUAUACUUUAUAAUAGUUAGUUAUUAUUAGCAAGGGUUGUUUAACUGCUCAUGUAGUGUAGAAUAAAAUAUAUUAAUCAUGGAGAUUGA